UGCUUGCUUCAUGGUUGGAAUAGCAGUAGCAGAAACUCACGUUGUUGGAGGAGAUUUUGGUUGGUUUGUGCCCCCAAACAAGACUUUUUAUGAGGAUUGGGCGAAGAAUAGAACCUUCAAAGUUGGUGAUAAACUCAGAUUCCCACACAAGACGGGUGCGAACAAUGUGGCAGAGGUUAGCAAGAGCGAAUACGAGAAAUGCUCCCAAGGCGCAACCAUCCGUAUGCACGCUGACGGCCCAGCCCUUAUUGAUCUGAAAGCUCCUGGGGAUUACUACUUCUAUAGUAGCAUUGGGUUGCACUGUGAGGUUGGCCAAAAGCUCCACAUUACUGUCACUAAUUGAGAUUAAAAUACCCAAAUUUAUCUAUUAACUGUUUUGUUGGAUAUGAUUUCUUUAUGUAUUCAUGGAUUUUUUUGUGGGGAAAAUAA